UUCAACUGAAGCCAGAGGGAUGCUCAUCGGCAGAGCACAAGAGCUCUCAUCUUCCACUCUCACCAUAACCACCGCUUUCUCCUCGAGCCCUAACCCUAACUAUACUUUUUCCCUUCCCAUGCGCACACCCGUCCUUUCUUCACUCUCUCUUCUCCGCUCCCUCUCCCCCUCUCUCCACCACCGCUUCCUGUGCUCCCUCUCCCUCUCCAACUACUCGAAAUCCUUUUUCUUCCCAUUACCCACUACUAAUAUCCGUCAUUCAUCUCUAUUUCGGCGGCCCCCAUUGGCGAAGCCGCUGAGUAGUUUUGUCGAACAGGUGGUAGGUGAAUCGGAGAGGGACGAGAAUGAGGGUUUUUCUCGCGGAGGGGAGGGCGAGAGUUUCGACUUCGGGGUUGCUUUUGGUUCCACUGAUUUGAGGCACUUGAGUUCGCCUUCUUUAGAGGUUAAGGAGCUGGAGGAGCUGCCGGAGCAGUGGAGAAGGUCGAAGUUGGCUUGGCUGUGCAAGGAACUGCCGGCGCACAAGCCUGCGACUUUGAUUCGGAUACUGAAUGCACAGAAGAAGUGGGUUAGGCAGGAGGAUGCGACUUAUAUUGCGGUGCAUUGUAUGCGGAUUCGUGAGAAUGAAACUGGAUUUAGAGUGUACAAAUGGAUGAUGCAACAACAUUGGUUUCAAUUUGAUUUUGCUCUUGCUACUAAGCUAGCAGAUUAUAUGGGGAAGGAGCGGAAGUUUUCAAAAUGUCGGGAGAUAUUUGAUGACAUAAUUAAGCAGGGACUUGUGCCUUGUGAAUCUACAUUUCAUAUUCUAAUCAUUGCCUAUCUUAGUGCAUCAGUACAAGGCUGCCUGGAUGAAGCAUGUGGCAUUUACAAUCGUAUGAUUCAGUUGGGAGGUUACCAGCCCCGGCUUAGCUUGCACAAUUCUCUCUUCCGGGCUCUUGUUGGCCAACCAGGAGGCUCUUCAAAAUACUUUCUCAAACAGGCGGAGUUCAUUUUCCAUAACUUGGUGACAUCUGGAUUCGAGAUACACAAAGAUGUUUAUGGUGGCCUAAUUUGGCUACAUAGCUAUCAGGAUACCAUAGAUAGAGAAAGGAUAGCAUCACUAAGGGAAGAGAUGCAAUUAGCAGGAAUUGAAGAAAGCAGAGAUGUGCUUUUGUCCAUCUUGAGAGCUUGCUCGAAGGAAGGAGACGUGGAAGAAGCUGAAAAAACUUGGCUCAAACUCCUCCAUUCUGAUUGUGCUAUUCCUUCUCAAGGUUUUGUGUACAGAAUGGAAGUCUAUGCAAAGGUAGGGGAGCCUAUGAAAUCUUUGGAGAUAUUCAGGGAGAUGCAAGAGCAGUUGGGCUCCACCAGUGUUGUGGCAUAUCAUAAAAUCAUAGAGGUGUUAUCUAAAGCUCAAGAAAUUGAACUUGUAGAGUCUCUUAUGACAGAGUUCAUAAACAGUGGGAUGAAACCCCUCAUGCCAUCUUAUAUUGAUCUAAUGAAUAUGUAUUUCAAUUUAAGCUUGCAUGAUAAAUUGGAGGCAGCCUUCUAUGAGUGCCUGGAGAAAUGUCGUCCAAAUAGAACUAUUUACAAUAUUUACAUGGAUUCUUUGGUACAAAUUGGCAACCUUGAUAAGGCUGAGGAGAUCUUCAACCAAAUGUAUAGUAAUGGGGCAAUUGGUGUCAAUACUAAAUCAUGCAACACUAUUUUAAGUGGAUAUCUCUCUCGUGGAGAUUACUUGAAAGCUGAAAAGAUAUAUGAUUUGAUGUGCCAGAAGAAAUAUGCUAUUGAUGCUCCAUUGAUGGAAAAGCUUGAUUAUGUUCUAAGCUUGAGCAGGAAAGUUGUUAAGAGACCUGUGAGCCUGAAGCUAAGCAAAGAACAACGGGAGAUUUUGAUUGGUUUGCUGUUAGGUGGUUUGCAGAUGGAAUCGGAUGAAGAGAGGAAGAAUCAUGUGAUUUAUUUUGAGUUCAACGAGAACUCUGGUGCACAUUCUGUUUUGAGGAGACAUAUACAUGAGCAGUACCAUGAGUGGUUAAAUUCUUCCAGUAAGCUAAGUGAUGACAAUGAUGAUGUACCAUACAAGUUUUCUACCAUCUCACAUUCUUAUUUUGGUUUCUAUGCGGACCAGUUCUGGCCUAGAGGUCGACCCAUGAUUCCAAAGUUAAUCCAUCGGUGGUUGUCACCACGUGUUCUUGCUUACUGGUAUAUGUAUGGAGGCCACAGAACAUCAUCUGGGGACAUUUUGUUAAAGCUAAAGGGAAGUCGUGAGGGUGUUGAGAAGGUCGUCAGAACAUUGAAAGCACAAUCAAUGGAUUGCCGGGUCAAGAGGAAAGGAACUGUGUUUUGGAUAGGAUUGCUGGGAAGCAAUUCUACCUGGUUCUGGAAACUGAUUGAACCAUAUAUUCUGGAUGACGUGAAAGAUUUUGUCAAAGCUGGCUGCCAAAAUACCAUUAGCUUUGGCAGUGGGUCUGAUACCGAUGAAAAUGCUGCCGAUUACAGUGACAAUGAGAAUUCAUAGGAUCUCUAAGUAAAGCAUGCACCUUGUCACAACACGGUCCUUCACCCUUUUUACAUGGAUCUGUUCUUGGUCUCUGGGUUGAAAAAGUGAGUGCAGACACACUGGUUCAUGAGGUAGGCCAACCUUCAAAGUUGUAUAUACUUCAGUGCACACAAAUCAAACCUGUAUCUUUUGUUUAGUCAUGUGGUAAGUGGCUGUUGGAAAUGUAGGAAAGGAAAAAGAACUGAGUCUUGCAGUUUGUAGCCUCUAUUGCCUUGGAAGUCCAUAGACCUAUAUGUGCAAAAUGUCUUACAGAGAGAUGUGGUCCACACAUUAGCUUGGUUCCAUUACAAUUCUUAGGUUCUAUUAUCCUACUGUUGACAUUCUGUAGAUCUUUGAACCUGUUUGCAAGGAGCUUCUUGUCACCAACCUUCAUUUUCAAACCUUAGCACCGGCUUCAUAGCACAAUAUGUUUCACCUAAUAGGGUGGAACUUCUCUUUUGGUCCUCACCCUUUGAAAGGAUUUUCUCUUAUAAAACUCAAAAGAGAACUUCUCUUUUGUAUAUGUAAGCAAAUAUAUGUAAUUGGAUUGGAAAAUCUACUGGGUGCCUGAGAUCAAGGUUUCUCUUCAACCAAAUGAAAUGUAAUUUCCUGUUAUAGUUUCCUUUUAUCUUCUUUGUUCUGUUUUUCAAAAUAAGUAAUUUCCUUCUGAAGUUCAGGAGGAACCUAAAGAAGGGCCUGGAUGGUAAGUUGAUAAGAUAUGGAGAAUCAAUUGAUAGGAAACUUUACCAAGUUGCUUGGCAAGCAUACCAUGUGUCCUCCAUCCCCUAAAAAAACCCUUAUUCCAAUCUAUCUUAAAAUCUUAGGAGUUCAUGUGGGGUUAUAAGAUUCCUAGUAUAUUUAUAGUUUCCUAGUAUAUAUAUAUAUAAACAGAAGGGACUUAAUGUUAAAGAAAUUUUGGCUACCAGUAAAAGAGAAUAACUUUGUGCUGGUGCCGUGGCUGUAUUUUGAAGUGCAAUUUUUCUCCUUCUGAAGUUUAUUUGUUGUGAUAUUAUAUUUCCAGGGUUCCACAUAAAUGGACUAAUUUCUCAUCUUUUGUAUUUGCACUGCCUUUUGAUACUUGCAUUUUCCCAUGCUAUUCUGAUAAUCCGAAAAUGCAAUUAUAAGUGUUUUAGCCUAUGCUAACACUUUAAGAAUGAUGGAGAAUCAGAAAACAUAAAGUAGAGGAGAAAAAUAGAAGAAAAUAGUGGCCCUGAGUCAGAAGGAGAUGAUGAAGAUGCAAAGGAUGAAGAGGAGGAAGAAGAAGAAGACAGAAACUAACGAGAAGUGAGAAAAGGGGGUUGUCUGGAAGCUUUGGUUCUAUAUCCGGGAAAACAAUUUGCAAGGUCCUAAGAACAAGCAAAAGAUAAUAUGUGACGAAUCAUUAUAGUCCCUUCCCUUUUUCGUGUUGAUAUGUUUCAAAUGAAUAAAAGACCAGUCCAGGCAUAUUUGACCAUUAGAUGUGGAAGAUGGUAUUUUCUGAACUAGCUUUUUCCUUCCCUCAUAUAUGAGACACUGAGUACAGAUACAUGCCUUAGUUUACUUGUUUAUUUUUCACAUUUAUGAUGCAGUAAGAUAGCAUUAAUUUCCUA